AUGAGCGGCGAUCGUGCAGAUGGCCCUGGCGGUGCAGCCGCAAUUGGCAUGACGGCCAUGUUCAGUUUCUUGCUGGUCGUUCGGCUGGCUUGCGCCGUCUUGGCUCCAAUCAUGGAUUGCGACGAGACCUUCAACUAUGUAGAACCCAUACAUUAUGUGACGCACGGCACCGGCAUGCAGACCUGGGAGUAUUCACCGCAGUUCGCAUUGCGCUCGUAUGUCUUCGUUGAGCUGUAUGCGAUUCCCAUCCGCCUCGCCAGAUUGUCGGGCUUUAACAAGGUUCAAGCCUUCUACUGCCUUCGAGGGUCCUGUGGACUUGCGAGCGCUUUUUGCGAAGCCAGCUUCUGCGAUGCAGUUCAAUGCUCCUGCGGCACAAGGGUGGCAAUCCUGACCUUGUGCUUUCUGGCUGGGGCAAGCGGAAUGUUCCACUCCUCUGUCGCCGUGUUGCCCUCUACCACAUGCAUGUAUGCUGUACUCCUCGGAUUUGCAGCAUGGCUGCGCCGGCGCUAUGCAGUGGGACUUGGAUGUGGGUCGUUUGCAGUCCUUUUGGGGAUGGCCGUAGCUGCGCCGAUGUUUGUGCCGAUGGGUCUAGCCGCACUUGCCCCGCAGAAUUUGGGCUUCCUUCGCGUCUUCGGCGUCGCCACGCUGGCACUCGUGGUCUUCGCGGUGGUUCCUUCACUUAUAGACUGGAGCUACUAUGGCUCGCGCUGGCCUGUUUGGACGAUGGGCAACCAUUUGCUGUACAACUUUGGAGUCGGUGGUGGAGGUGUGGGUGCAGAUCUUUACGGAACGGAGCCGUGGACUUUCUAUGCCAAGAACCUCUUGCUGAACUUUAACCUGGCCGCGCUGUUGGCAGUGCCUGCCAUUCUGUGCUCGCUCCGACAGCGCCAGCUGACACUCCUGCUGAUUCCGAUGUAUGUGACGCUGGCGAUGUUCACGAAGAUGGCGCACAAAGAGGAACGCUUUCUGACAAUGGUAUAUCCGUUGAUUUGCCUGUCCGCAGCCACCACGUUGGAUGCUGUGCUCUGCGGUGCAGAAAAACUAGUGGGCUUAUGUCUGCGAGAAUCAGACGCAGCUCCGAAGAUACGGACUUGGAAGGCGAGUAAGGUGGUGUCAACAUUCUUGGGUGCAGCGUUUGUGGUGGUGUUUGCCACCAUAUCUUGUUCAAGAAGUGCGGCCCUGCACUUCCACUUCAGAGCGCCGCUACAACUCUAUGAGAAGAUUUACUACGAAGGAGCGGCUGGUCUAUCUUCAGCCAGCAACAGAGGUGGCGUCUGCGUGGGCAAGGAGUGGUACCGCUUUCCUUCCAGCUUCUUCCUGCCGAGCACCGAGGCCGGACCGCUUCCGCUUCUCUGGGUGAACUCUUCAUUCGACGGCCAGCUCCCCAGGCCCUUCGCGCCGUGGCCUGAGGGCCUUUGGCAGGUGCCCCCGGACAUGAAUGAUCGGAACUUGAGGGAGCCUUCGCGCUACCACCAUGAAGACGAAUGCAGUCUUCAUGUCGAUCUGGUCUUGCCACAUCAAGUAGAGGAGCCGCCGGAUCCGGCAUCGUGGGAGGAGAUGCACUGCGAACCUUUUCUCGAUUCUGACCGCUCCCCCUUGCCAUGGAGGGCCUUCUACGUUCCCUUUGGUGUUUCCGACAGGCGGAAUCAUUUCGCGCGAUACUGCAUCUGGCGCCGGAGACUGGAAGUUGUCGGAAACCAGUUGAAGGCUUAUUGCUUCGAGUUGAAGGAUGCCCAUGCAUGCAGCAUGAAGCGAAGAAGCCACCGAAGGACUGGCGAUAGCGCAAGCAUGUACAGCAGCAUCGUGUCUGACUCGACUGCAACAUCGUCAAAGAGAACUUCGGAUCUCCAAGGGCAGGGCGGCCACGGCCAGCGCGGCAUGCUGAGAUGGAUUCUCAGUGCAGGGAUGCGGCAGCUCACCGCUAUUGCUGGAGGUGCCGAGCUCCUUAGGAUGGGGUCUUUUGCCACACCGCGAUUUGCGUGGUGCCAGCAACGUAUUUCGGCACGGGUGACAGCCCAGCAUCCUGGGCCACACGGCCAGGACACCAGGAGCAUGGAUCUGCCGGCUGUACUGGGCAAACCCUUCCAGCCAGCCCUGGAAAGGUACUGCCGAGUCGAACCACCGCUGCGGAAAGAGGAGCUUCAGGAGCUCAAAGCCCUGCUUCUCGCCAAGAAGACCCUGGACACGAGCAAAGCCAAGUGCAUUGGCAAGUUCUGCCCUCGCUUCACGCACUCCGACCCAUGCCUGGCAGAUAUGCCGCAAGUAGCGCUGAGUCCGGAGAUUUGCCGGAUGCUGGAGCAAGCUCCCGGGCUGACAUCUAGAAAUGCCACAGCCAACGAAGCUGAGAAGUCUGCAAAGCCAGAUGCCGACGCGGCCUCGCCGCAUGAAGUGCUGGAGUCCUCACCGAGGCCGAAGUCUGAGUCUAAGCCAAAGCGCAAUCGACAGGUGUCCAACACGGAUGAAGACUUGGAUGUGUGGAUUCACAGCCAGUAUUAUGCAAGCGGGGGUCAAAAAAAGAAAGCGUUGCAAGCUUUGUCGAGACAUCAGACAGGGACCAGUGUUCAUCAAGUGCCAGAGGUUCGCAAGAUCAACUCUUGCACCAGCCGCUUGGGUGUGAAGCUGGAAUAUUUCCGGGAUCACACCGACGAGGUGGAGUCGUUGACGAGAGUUGUAGAGGAGGGCUUCAUGUAUCAAGAGACCUCGUGCGGCGAGCCUCUGGUGAAUGUGGCGAAGCUACGAUCUCGCGGGCUGAAAGUGAAGGAGACAGAUCUGGAGAGAGGAGGUCGUCCCCGGAGCCAAGCUUCUGGAAGGACCUCCCCGACUCGAGCCUGCACUCCCAGAGACGUGCGAACUCCGCCAUGCAGCGUCCGGCUCCGUGAAGUGGUCAUGCGAGCUCGGGACGCAGAGCUCGAGAGACGAGUCGACCAGGCCCUCCGCAUACGCUCGCGGCAGACGCGGCACCUGAGGGCCCAGAGAGAGCGGCCCUGGCUCACUUUUCUCGUCCUCGCUUUGACUUCAAAGGUUUUGCAAAAACUGGUGACAGUCCAUCGACAGAUUAGGCACGCGGUCUGCGGUGACAGCACCCAAGCGAUCAGGGUGUACCGGGACGACUUCAGGCAAAUCUGUUUGGAGCGGGGGGAGGACCUGAGCCUGUUCACGAACCGGCAUUGUGAAGCUGUGCAGACUCAUGUAACCCACCUCUGUGACCUUGAGUUGCGGCGACGACGGAGUCUGUCGAUCUGGACAGCCUGGAAAAAAAUGCUGCGACUUCUAGUUGUGUACAUACGACUCCGACGCCCGCUGCGGAAAGCAGCUGCUGCAGAGGCACUGAAGAGCUUCAUUGGCGCAUCCGCUCGGGCGUACUUGCUACGGCGUGCUGUGAAGCACUUUGUGCGAUCGGUUCUGCUUGUGCAGAAGGCCAUGCGACAUCAAGCUCGCAUCUUUGGGACGAUACAGAAGCACAUCUUGAAGCCGUACUUGUGGUGUGCGGAGACUCUAGCACUUUGCGACACCUGCCGGGUACGCAAAGCCGAGGCAAGCGCACGAAUCGAGGCCUUUUUAGAAGAGGCGGAUGUGGAACGUUGGAAGGACGAAGUGAAGCAGAUGAUGCUGCAGAGAGCUCGGGCAUGGCGUGAAGACUAUGCCAAUGCACCCUCAGCUAGGCGAGGGAAUCCAGAAGACGAUUCCCUAAACAUCCUACCUUGUCAAUCAGAAGUUCGACAACAGAUGACACUCGCAGCAGCGACGCUUGUUGAUUCCAGAGCCUCGAAGCGUUUAGCUCAGAGCGAUGCCAUGAGUCGGACACCGAGGAAGACGCUGGUAUUCAGCAAACAUUUUGACUCCAUGGAUCGCUUGCGACUGGACUCCAGGGAACGAGAUGAGAUUGCACGAAAAGUGCUUCUGCGGAUCAUCGACACCUGGUGGAACUCUAUGUGCUUCUAUGGGGUGCAGGCAGAGAGAUCUAAGAACGACUGGAUCAGUUGGCGUAAAGAGGUACUGCGACAUGGCUCACUGGACUCGCGGGCACCCGACCCACCUGACGUGUUGGUCUGUCCUGAAAUUUCCUUCUCGCAAGCUUAUAUCUGGUUGCAGAAAGAGGUGGACCACCGAUAUCGAGACAGACUGGAGUCCACUGGACUGUUUACGGAUGGCUUGUGA